AUGGUUUCUCUCAAAGAUGAUUCCAAAAUGAAGGUUGUCACCUCCCCACAUUGGAAAAGGACCCUCUACUUCUUACUCUUUGCCCUCUCCUUCACCAUCUUCAUAGCCAUCCUCUAUGAGGAGGAGCUCACACACAUCAUAAAGCCAUCGCCAUGGCACGAAUUCGAAGAAUUCGAAUUCGAGAACUUCAACCAACAAGAAGAGCAAGAAGAACAAGAAGAAGACAUCUUGGUGCAAGCCGUAGAGAAGGAUGUUGUUAUCAAGCCAUUUGCCGUCGGGGAGACGGAGAAGGAGUGCGACGUGUUCGAGGGGAGGUGGGAGUACGAUGAGGCGGCACGGGCUCUUUACGGUGAGGCGGAAUGCCCUUAUAUCCAGCCUAAAGUGAUGUGCCAAGCGAACGGAAGGCGCGACAAGCAAUAUCUACAUUGGAGAUGGAAACCUCAUUGGUGCUCUCUUCCAAGCUUCAAUGCAACAUUCAUGCUCGAAAUGCUGCGAAACAAGCGCGUGAUGUUCGUCGGCGAUCACAUCCACCGCGGCCAAUUCGUCUCCAUGAUUUGCCUCCUCCAGAGUGCCAUCCCUCAAUCCUUCCAGUCCUUUGAGACAGUCAAGCCAAAAUCCAUAUUCCGAGCUUCGAACUACAACAUGACAAUUGAGUUCUACUACUCUCCGUUCCUCCUCGAGUCGAACCGCGAGCAUAGGAGCCAGCGCUUCCUGAGGGAGAAGAUAAUACGCACGGGGUCGAUCGACAAACACGCUCGCCAUUGGAGGGGAGUUGAUAUCUUGCUGUUGAACACCUACACUUGGUGGCUGCAGCCAAGAGGAAAGAUUAAGAUACUGAAGGGGUCUUUUGAAGGGGACAAGAGAAAGAAUAAGAUAAAGGAGAUGAAAACUGAGGAUGCCUAUAAGUUAGCAAUGAAUGAAUUGGUGAAGUGGGUGGAGGAGAAUUUUGAUCCACAUAAGACUAGGGUUUUCUUUACAAGCAUCUCACCUUCUCAUGAAUUGAGUGAGGAGUGGGGAGGAGAAGCAAAAGGCAAUUGCUACAAUGAAACAACCCCCAUCCUUGACAAUCCAACAUACUGGGGAGUCGGAUCAAGAAAAGGCUUCAUGCGCGUAAUCCAACAAGUUCUAUCGAAAUCGAAGGUACCGAUAGAGGUUCUCAACGUAACCCAGCUCUCCGAGUAUCGCAAGGACGGUCACCUCUCCAUCUACAAGAAGCACGAGCGAGAGCUCGCGCCUCGCGAUCUCGCAAACCCUAGGAGCUAUGCUGAUUGCCAUAACUGGUGCCUUCCUGGUGUACAAGAUACCUGGAAUGAGCUCUUGUAUUCCAAGCUCUUCUUUCCUUAGUUGCCCUAGUUUAGAUACCACUCUGUUUAUGAUCCCCUCUUUCCACAUUUCCAUUCUAUUUUGACAUGAUCUUUCACUGUUAAAUUUUCUGUUGAGGUUGUUAUUUUCACAACUUCAAUUAUGCAAGAUUUUCUCUAAU